UUAAAGGCCUUUGAAGAACGGUGCAGAUGGUUCACUGAUGGAUGACAAUCAAAAUGAGUGGGGUGAUGAAGAAACGUUGGACAACAAGAGGUUCAGAUUUGAAGAUCAGGUGAUGCUUCCAGACCUUGGUGAUCAAACUGAUCACAGACAAUGGACCCAACAACAUUUAGAUGCAGCUGACCUCCGAGCACCUUCCAUGGCACCCACACCACCACAGGGAGAAAUCGAUGCUGACUGUAUGGACGUUAAUGUGCGGGGACCAGAUGGUUUCACACCACUCAUGAUAGCAGCAUGCAGUGGAGGAGGCUUGGAAACUGGCAACAGUGAGGAGGAUGAAGAUGCCUCUGGUCAAAUGAUAUCAGACUUCAUUGGUCAGGGUGCCAACCUACAUAGCCAAACUGACCGCACCGGAGAGACCGCACUCCACCUGGCCGCCCGAUAUGCUCGAGCUGACGCUGCCAAACGAUUACUGGAAUCCAGUGCAGAUGCCAAUGUCCAGGAUUACAUGGGGAGAACUCCUCUUCAUGCCGCUGUAGCUGCAGAUGCCCAAGGUGUAUUCCAGAUUCUUAUUCGGAACAGAGCAACAGACCUAGAUGCCCGUAUGUGUGAUGGUACAACGCCAUUGAUCCUGGCAGCUCGCCUGGCAGUGGAAGGCAUGGUUGAAGAACUUAUCAACUCUCAUGCUGAUGUGAAUGCAAUUGAUGAGUUAGGAAAAUCUGCUUUGCACUGGGCCGCAGCCGUAAAUAAUGUGGAUGCUGCAACAGUCUUGCUGAAAAAACGGUGCCAACAAGGACAUGCAAAACAAUAAGGAGGAGACUCCGUUGUUCCUGGCUGCAAGAGAAGGAAGUUACCAAACUGCUCAGGUGUUGUUGGAUCACUUUGCGAAUAGAGACAUCACUGACCAUAUGGACAGGCUUCCCCGUGACAUCGCACUGGAACGCACGCAUCAUGACAUUGUCCGGUUGCUGAAUGAUCACAACCUGGUGAGGAGUCCUCAAAUGCAUAACGGUCCACUGGGUGCUCCAAACUUGUCUCCUCCCAUCUGUUCCCCAAAUGGCUAUGUUGGGAAUAUGAAACCAGCAGUACAAGGAAAGAAGAGUCGAAAACCUGGCACCAAGGCUCCUGGAUGCAAAGAUUCCAAAGAUAUGAAGGCCAGGAGGAAAAAGUCUCAGGAUGGAAAAAAUGGACUUCUGGAUUCAGGAAGCUCUGGGGUGUUAUCUCCAGUUGACUCGUUGGAGUCACCUCAUGGGUAUUUGUCAGAUGUUUCUUCGCCUCCUCUGAUGACUUCUCCAUUUCAGCAGUCUCCAUCAAUGCCUCUUAACCACCUCGCCAACAUGCCA